AUGUUUACACUCACCAACCGACGUUUCUCAUCAGCCGGACUGGAUGUGUUCAUCAGCGGCGUCAGCCGCUACCGCCUGCUGAGCGCGUCCGACAAGCGUAAGCUGCUGGAAGCUCACCGCCAUAAGGUCCGUUUGGCGCUCCGUGGUGACAUGUGUGUGCAGUCGCUGCCAGAAGCAGCUUUGAAGGACGCGGAGAAGGCGUUAGACUUGCGAAGCGAGCAUGCGGCCUCUCCGAGCCCCGCCUCUGCGACAUCGGCUCCGUCCGAGCAGCCUACUGCCGCUGCGGCUUCACAUCGCAUCGCUGCCGAACUGAAGCGUCUGAAGGGCCGUUUACCGGGUUCCGGCCGCUUCCAUGAGCGCAAUCAGCCAAUCGGUGUUGGCGUGAGCAAGUUUUUUAUGGGCGUCGACCCCAACACCCCGCUGGAGCCGUACGACAUUACAAGCCCGUUAUUCGACGCUGAGCGUGAGACUGAAACGCUGGUUUCCGACGUGAAGAAGGCAGCGGCGUAUGAUGACGUGCAGAGCAUGCUGUCCGCCCUGCGCCCAGUCCGGCAGGAUACGUUAACGGACAGGUUCAAGGACGUGAUGUCAAGGGCUAUCGAGCGCAACGUUGCGCGUCUCGAGCGCCCUGUUUUGUUCAACGAGCUGUCGGAUUUCGAGUCAAGCUACGCCAUGCACCGAGCCGCUUUGCGUAACCUUUUGGUGAACCGUUGCACGCGCAACGCGUUCGAAGAGACUCGUAUCGAACGUUUCCUGGACCGUUUGAAGAUUUCCGACCAGCGACUGGACGCCCCGCUGCCUCCUGAGGCCGUGGAGCCUCUGAUGGCUUUUCAGGGUUACUGCAGCUACUCGUUCGACCCCUGCGUCCGUUUGGAGCAAAAACUGGACAACCUGCAACAACUCGCAAGUGCCACUUUCGACCCUUCACACUCCGCAGGCGACGAGUCGUUUCUCAAGCGCCUGGGCACCCCCGAGGAACACCCCGUAGGCCCGCCGUCGAAGUACCCCUUCAAGAACUAUUUCGCGUUCGACAGCUGCAUACCGAACGACGUAACUGGAUCUAUUCGCAUGGGUAAACGCCGUGCGUCGCCGUCCAUACGCUACCCCAACCUCCAGAGCGUGGCGCACUCGCUGCCGGCCGACCGGAAGUACCGCGCGGUCGUGAGCAACGCCAUCCGCGUGCUGGAGCGCAGCAAGGGCUGGGACCACGCGAGCAAGGUGAAGGCCAUUAACCGGCUGGUGCAGGUGUACAACAACCUUGCGCCGUCACGCUACUACUCCCGCGUGCUCGACAAGGCCAUCCCCUCGGUGCGUGCCAAGGGAAGCGUCGUGCGCACGCGCUCUCGGCAGGAAACGUUCAACCGAGGGCUACACUACAUCCAGUCGCUCACCCGAAACCACUGGAUGAAGCGCAAGUGA